AUACAAAGUUGGUGCUAACUAAUACUUGAUUCAUCAUUAGUUUAUCGGCUUUAGAUCAACAUGAAUUCCAUGGCUCCUGUUUCAUACACUUCUUCGACCACCGAUCAUAACGAGUGUAAACAAGAGGUUAUCCGCAGCACAGUGAACUUCCAUCGUAGCAUUUGGGGCGAUCAGUUUCUCACAUACGAUGAGAGAAAGGAUCAAGCAUGGGAGGAGGAACAAGCAAAAGAGCUCCGAGAGAAAGUGAGAAAAGAACUAGUGAUCACAACUUUAACCAAACCAAUGCAGCAUGUGAAGCUAAUGGAACUUAUUGAUGCGGUUCAACGUCUCGGUGUGGCUUAUCAUUUUGAGGAGGAAAUUGAGGAAUCCUUAAACCAUAUCUAUGUUACAUAUGGGGAUCAAUGGAUCAAUGAUAACCUCCAAAUCACUUCACUUUGGUUUCGACUUCUACGACAACAUGGCUUCAAUGUUUCAAGUGGAAUAUUCAAGAAGUACAUGGACAACAAUGGAAAAUUUCUGGAAUCCUUAAGAAACGAUGUCCAAGGCAUGCUUUCUCUGUACGAAGCAGCAUACUUGAGGGUGGAGGGAGAAGAAGUUUUAGAUGCUGCCAUUGAAUUUACAACUUCAGAACUUGAAAACAUAGCCAAAAAUCAUGUGGGGAACGAUGAUUCUCUUAAGAUUCAAAUACAACAAGCACUACGACAGCCUCUCCGAAAAAGGUUGCCAAUGCUUGAGGCGUUGCGUUACAUACCAAUCUAUGAGCAUGAAUCUUCUCAUAACGAGGACUUGCUAAAGCUUGCCAAGUUAGAUUUCAACUUGGUCCAAUCAUUGCAUAGGAAAGAGCUUAGCCAAUUAAGCAAAUGGUGGAAGAAUUUGGAUCUAUCUACCAAGCUACCUUAUGUUCGAGAUAGAUUGGUUGAAGGCUACUUCUGGAUAUUGGCAGCCUAUUACGAACCUCAAUAUUCUGAUGCGAGGAUCUUUCUCAUGAAAACUUGCAAUCUCGUAAUCAUAUUGGAUGACACGUAUGAUAAUUACGGUACUUAUGAGGAGCUCGAGAUCUUUACUGAAGCUGUUCAAAGAUGGUCUACAAGUUGCUUGGAUAUGCUUCCGGAAUACAUGAAAUUCAUAUAUCAAGAACUUUUGGAUGUUCACAAAGAAGAUGAAGAGUUACUAGAAAAGAAGRGAAUGGCAUAUCGUAGCUACUAUACUAAAGAGAUGGUGAAAGAGUACACUAGAAAUCUCCUAACGGAAGCCAAAUGGGUUAAAGAGGGUUACAUUCCAACCAUAGAGGAACACAUGUCUGUGACCCUGGUAACUUGUGCUUAUGCCAUGAUCAUAGCGAAAUGUUAUGUUCAUGGACAUGAUUCUGUCACAGAGGAUACCUUUAAAUGGGUGUCCACAUAUCCUCCUCUUGUCAAAGCUUCAUGUUUGAUUUUAAGGCUCAUGGAUGAUAUUGCUACCUAUAAGGAGGAACAAGAAAGGAAUCAUUGUGCUUCUAGCAUCCAAUGCUACAUGAAGCAACAUGGUGUCUCGGAGGAGGAAACACGUGAAGUAUUUUCAAAACAAGUCGAAGAUGCGUGGAAAGUUAUAAAUCAAGAAUCCCUUAGGCCUACUGAUGUCCCGAUGCCUCUGCUUAUGCCUCCAAUCAACCUUGCCCGUGUCUGUGACGAACUUUAUUCUCGUGGCGACGAUUAUAAUCAUGCAGGGAAAGAAAUGAUCCAUUGCAUCGAAUCACUUCUCGUAAAUCCUAUAAAUMUGUAGAUUGGUUUAUGUUUGUGAUGGAGUCUCUUUAUUGGAUGCUAYURUUUCAACAUGUAUUUGUAAUAAAUAUUGUGGCUAUGCAUUUAGAGGACCUUUACUUAAUAAUCUGGGAAGAUCGUGCUGUAGAAUUCUGUUGUAAUGGUAUAUUGAAAGAUUUUGAUGAAUCGAAUCUAAA